AUGUAUUUCUGGUUUUGCACUUUUGUGCAGAAGAUUAUAGAGCCAUACUGCAACAUUGGAUUUGGGUUUGGGUUGCGCGGUGCAUACUUGUUUGUUAGAUGUUGUUUGUCACUCGAUGCAAAUCCAUCCAUGUUCUUUAUUUGUUUCCUGACUGAAUUGAUACUUGGAUUGAAAGACCUAUGUUUGCUGUACCUUUUUGUUUGCCUUUUCUAUUGUUUGUUACUGGGUUAUAGUUCAAUGUUGCAAUGGACAGUUUCUAUUGAGCAAGAGAAAACCUAUCAACAGUACACUUACAUCAUGCUAUCAACAUAUUAUCUAUUGUCUAAUCUAAUACUAUAUGUGAUGAUGAUGAUCAUAAAGUUAUCUCAUUUUUAUGAAAUUCAGUAA